AGAUGGGUGCCCCCAUCAGCACACUGUCCUUUGGCCACCGGACAUCAUGCCUCCCAAGAAGGAUGUUCCCGUGAAGAAACCAGCAGGACCCUCUAUCCCCAAGCCUGCUGCCAAGCCAGCAGUAGGGGCCCCUCCAGCCAAGACCAAGGCUGAGCCAGUGCCAGCACCAGUGCCAGCUGUCCCUCCAACCCCUGAGAAAACUGCGAAAACCCAGGAGCCCCCCAUCGAUCUCUCCAAAGUGGUGAUCGAGUUUAACAAGGACCAGCUGGAGGAGUUCAAGGAGGCCUUCGAGCUGUUUGACCGAGUAGGGGAUGGCAAGAUCCAGUACAGCCAGUGUGGGGAUGUGAUGAGGGCCCUGGGCCAGAACCCCACCAACGCCGAGGUGCUCAGGGUCCUGGGGAACCCCAAGAGUGAUGAGCUGAAGUCCCGGCGUGUGGACUUUGAGACUUUCCUGCCCAUGCUCCAGGCAGUGGCCAAGAACCGGGACCAAGGCACAUACCAGGACUACCUGGAGGGGCUUCGGGUGUUUGACAAAGAGGCGAAUGGCAAAGUCAUGGGAGCAGAGCUCAGACAUGUCCUCACCACCCUGGGAGAGAAGAUGACUGAAGAGGAGGUGGAGGCAGUUCUGGCAGGACAUGAGGACAGCAACGGCUGCAUCAACUAUGAAGCCUUCCUGAAGCACAUCCUAAGCGUCUGAGCUCCACAGGUGCAGUGGGGUCGGACACUGCCCCCCGACCCCGUUCUCCCGCAGGCGAAAGCAAGUUCCUGCCACUAGGAGGCUAUUGUUUCAAAAUAAAGAGACGGUUCCUCCCUUGG